AUGGAGGCAGAAGUACAGCAGCAUCCUGUGGAACUUGGGAACGUUUUCGCAGCGAUCACGGGCGCUUUCAGCCUCGAUGCGCCUGUUAGAAAUGCUUCAGAGGCUAGUCUGAAGGAAUGGGAGGCGGAUGCGUCAAUACGAUUGCUUGCUGCUGUGGUUGCCAAGAAUUCGGUGGGCAGCUCCUGGCGCAAGACACUGGGGACCAGGGAAUGGUCCAGGGUGCCAUCAGAUGAGAAGGCGGGUGUGCGCACUUCAGCCCUGCACUUGCUUUUCUCAGAGACCUCCGACCGUGUGGCCACGCAGCUGGGCCUGCUCAUCACAAACAUUGCCAGGUUUGACUUUCCGAGCGAGUGGGGCACGCUGCUGGCAGACCUCACACAGGCGGCUGCAUGGGAGACCGGUGCAACUACCUUCCGCGGAAAGGAGCGCGCUUUAUUCACCCUGAAGAAUGUGAUUCGCGCGCUGAGGGGUAAGCGAAUCGUUGUGGAGGCCCCCCGGAGCAACGGCAGCAUGUCCCCCCAGGAUUUGAAGCCGCUGGCGGACCGCAUCGCGGCGGAGCGGGCGGCCAUGAACGAGCGCGCGCGAGCAACGUUCCCUCCAGUUGCCGCAGAAUGGCGCGCCCACUUUGCCGCAGCCGCGCAGGGAGCAAACGGCUGGGCCGAGCGAGGGCGGCUGGCUAACAGGGGACUGCACGUGCUGCGCGAGCUCUUGCUGCUGCUGCCUGACUGGGACCCUCUGCUGCCCGACAUUGGGCAGUUUCUGGAAGCCCUGCACCAAGGCUCCUCUGCCACUGUCACCAUGCUCGUUCCAGGCAACGGGGCCGGCGCGGCGGCGGCGGCCGAGAGGGAACGCGUGGGCACGGCCGCCAAGUCAUUUGAGCGCGCACUGCAGUGCGUGCUCGCCGCGCUUGACAAGCAGCCGGUCGGCUUCGCGCGAUUCUUGCCUGCCUUCCUGGCAUUCUACGGGCACGCGGCUCUGGUGGCUCUGGACGCGGCGGCGCUGCAGCACGUGCGGCCCAAGACGCGAGUGCUGCUGACGAGGUUCCUGGCGCGCGUGCUGCUCUGCCCCUACUACACAAGCUCGUGGCUGGAGGGCCGCACUGCGAGAGAGGCGGAGCAGGAGGAUCCGGAAAAGGGGCGCGAGACGAAGGAGUCUCUGGAAAAGGCGGUCGCGGCUGUGGACAAGAUGCUGAGCGCGGAGCAGUGCGCUGCCCUGGUGGAGGCCGUGGUAACAAAGUACGUGGCGCUGACUCCGGAAGAGCUGCAGGAGUGGCAGGACAACCCGGAGGGCUAUGUGCGCUCGACGGACGUGGAGAGCAGCCCUGACGCGGACACGCCGCGGCCGUGCGGACUGGCACUGCUCAUCUGCAUGCUCAAGCGCGGACCCGACACCGUAGCCGCCGCGCUCGUCUCCCUCGCUGCCAAGCUGCAGGCGGGCCCGCUGUCGGCUGAGACGGUGCUGGCGCGAGAGGCGGUGUACCGGGCGAUUGGCGAGGGCUUCUUCCGGCCGGCCGUGGCCGCGCAGGUCAACUUCCCCGCCUGGUACUCCUCCGAGCUAGCAGACCUUCUGCAGAACGGCAGCGGGCAGGCGGCAGGUGCCGGGCGGCUGCAGCGGAGCGUGCUGGUGGCGCGCGCGGCGUGGCUGGUGGGCGUCUGCGGGGGCGAGCUUCCGCCGGCGCUGUGGUCAUCGGCUCUGUCAUCGCUGACGUCACACAUCGCCGACGCUGACGUCGUGCUCGGCCUCACCGCCACCUCAGCCGCCAUGUCCCUCUGCACCGCCCUCCUCGAACAGCAGCAUGCAAUCCGGCAGGCUCAGGAGAGGAAAAAGAACACCAACGACGCGCGGUUGGGCUUGAUCUUCCUUUCCAAGCGCAACGCCGCCGCAGAAGACCCUUCAGCCGUGCAGGACCACGAGGCUCGCACUGCCGCACUGACUUCAGGAGCGACUGCCCUCUUCUCUGCGCUGUUCGGGCUGCUCAACAGGUUGGAGGAGGCGGAGAGCAAGGUGCGAGUUCUGCAGCUGGUCUCCGUGGCAGUCGAGGUCCUGGGCGACUCAGCGCAGCCGCACCUCGGAGCGGUUGCGUCAGCGCUCCCGCAGGUGUGGAGCGCCACGCAGGAGGCAACGCAGUCUGAGACGGGCGCGCUGUCACGGCUGCACAGCGCGCUCAUAGCAGUGGUGACACACGUCGUCACUCGCCUCGGCAGCCGCGCGUUGAGAGACCCUCAGUUCGGGGGCGUUCUGUGGCCGCUGCUGGGCACGGCGCUGGACGUGGGCAGCGCGGAGAGCGAGACUCUGGUGGAGGAGGGGCUGCGAUUACUCACUGCCACACUCGGCAGCGUGGCUGAGUUACCCCCGCCGCUGCUGGCGCUGCUGCCAGCGCUGUUUGCGGUGCUGCAGCGGGGCCGGGACAACGCGGCCGUCUACUCAGCGCUCGAGUCCUUUGCCCUUCUUGGCGGCGCGCAACUCUUCCUCCCGUAUGAGCGGACGCUGUUUGCGUGCCUGCACCGCUCCAUGGCCGCCCUUGAGGCCGAGCUGGCCGCCGCCUCCGAGCCGCCGCAGCCGCCAAAGCCCGGGCAGCGGGGCGGGCUUUUGUCGCGGGAGGCAAUGGGCGAGGCGCUGGCCGGCAGCAGCCUCAUCACAGUGCUAGUGCAGCUGCUGGGGGACGCCGCCCUGCAGCCCCUCGAGCCCAGCCUCAGGGCGAUGGCUGCCGCGGUGUGCGCGCCGAUAAUGGCGGCGGAGGACGUGCCACAGCCGCUGGUGACGAUUGCAGAGGGGCUGCUAGAAGUGCUGGGCCGAGUCCUGCUGCCGCGGCCGGCCGCGCUGCCGCCGCUGCUGCCGGGCAACGACCCUGAAGCCGCUGGAAGAUUCUUCGACGCCUGGCUCUCUGCUGCGCUCACCAGGUACCUGGAGGAGAUCUUGGGCGUGCCUGCGAUGGCGGCCAUGGGCCGUCUCCGACGGCGAUCCGCGGCCGCUGCAUUCUGCGCAUUCGUGUGCGCCGGCGUCAGCCCCGCUCUGUCUGAUGACCCGGGCCGGCUCGCGCGCGUUUUCGCGCUGUCGCUGCGCUCCAUAGAGGAGGAAAACCUGUUUCAGGAGGACCGAGAAGAUAUCCGGCGCAGCAUAGCAGAGAUGCAGGCCUCGCGCUCGGAGCGAGACGCUCUGCUGCUGCGCCGAGCCGUGCUGGCGGAGGCAUCCCCCGUUCUCACAAUCGACCUGCCCGCCGCCCUGCGCGCUGCUUUCGCGGCAGCCGCCCAGCGCCAACCGGAGGCCAAGCUCGUGGAGGCGGUGGGCUGGAUAGACGGCAGCCUGGAGGCGUCCCUGCGAAUGGUCAUAGGCCAGAAUAGGCAGAUCCAGCGGCAGUGAAAUGCGUUGGAAAUCCAGCUCUGGACAUCCGCCGCAGGAAUUGAAGGCUUUGUGUAGAUGGGCUAUUGCCUGCGACACCCUGGGCACGCCUGCCCUCAACUGAAGCCCAAGUGCCUGGCAUAGAUCCAUUUAGUUAAUUGGAGCAAUCCCCGCACACUGUUGUGCGAGUCUUAUCGGCGUGGGCUGCAGCCAGCUGGCUAGGGGACAAUGUAUGAAAGCUGCAGCGCUUGAGGCCAUGUCUUUGCAAAUAUUUUUGGCCCAGCUGUCAGGAUUUUGAUCCUGUCCCAAGAAUUGAGCUGAACGUAAGGAACACAUCAUGAACGUAUGGGGAAAGAAGAGAAUGCACGCGGGUGUAUAUAGCACAAGUUUGACAACAAUUUGCAGCUGGUAUGAGAGCUUUUUGUAGCAGCUUUGUAGAUCUGAAAUUAUAUGUUAAAUAGAAUGGUGCAGAAGGGCAAAGGGAUGGUGUGAACAGUGUAUCUUGAGUGGGGACUUCACUGCUGAGCAACAUCAUUUUUACAUAUGUAUCACACCUGAACAAGGUACCUUUUGUAUUCCUAGGAGGCCUGGAUGAAAAGUUCAGAUCAUCCCAGGAAUCGUAGAGGCACGCUGAUUAGUGCUGUCAGCUUAGAUUAUUCUUAUUAUUAUUGCAUGC